AUGGACCCCUUUACCAGAAUUCCCGCCGAGCUGCGUCUGCAGAUAUUCUCAUACCUUUCAUCUAAGGCCUCUAUCUCGAGCCUUAUCCAAGCCUCUCCAACAAUGCUCGAGCAGUACCUUGGAUGCAAAAGCACAAUAGUACGAAACUUACUCGAGCGCGACUUUGACGCCCAAAUGAUUCAAGAUGCUAUGGCAAUUAUUCUUUACCCGUCUCUCCGAAAGGCCCGAAAACCCAAGCUCCGAUUCGAGGCUCAUUUACUGCAUUGGGAGUGUCAUAAGCUUCGAAACCCUUUGGUGACCCACGAUACCGUUCUCUUGGACCAGCUUGACAGAUUGCAUAGCCUUCUGAUGGUUUUUGUCGAGGAUUACAUCACAAAGGCGACUGCGGACUUCCAACCUCGGGAAUACAUUUGUCUCCCUCAGCCUACCCACAGCCAGAGCCAUCUCGUGUUCAAAGGACUGAAGGUGACAAGGAGAUUUGACUCAGGCAACCUUUCGGAAGGUGAAAGACGACGCUUGUUGAGGGCAUUCUUACGAGUUGAGCUGUGGUCUCUGAUACUGAGGACUGCGAGCUUCGAGAGCGAUCCUUUUGCCAAACGACGAAUUAUGAGUUUCGUGGCCUUUGGAGACAACAGACGUGACGAGGAGGCGAUUCAGUGUGUUUGGGUUUAUACAUCGUCACUAUAUGGCGCCAUCUUUGCCCAAUGUGCUGAUGCCUGGCUGCCAGUAGCCGAUGCACCACCACAGACUGGACUUCUAUUCCCCGACAAUGUCUUGGUGGAUCCAGUUGAGUAUGGCAAGGACGUCGGCAUCAAAGGAGAAGAAAAGCGGCCCGUGAUUGAGUCCAUGGCUCACUAUGCUUCAGAAUGGACAUAA